UAUUCUUCAGUUCAUCACUUGCUUCUUGCAGCUGAACAGUAAACACAUUGAGCAUACAUAUCCAGCAUAACAAUCAACACUGUCGACAGCAAUAUUAUUAAACUAAAACAAAACAAAAAACGAUCGAUUUGAAGACGAAGAGAAAAGAGCAAAAAAGUUACGAAUUUAAGAAUUUGAAGAGACUCUGAUAGCACGAAAAUGUUGAAAUUCAUUGGAAUCUCCUUAAUUCUGGCCGUGAUUCAAUUGAGUGAAUCCUCACCAGUGUAUCAGUUUCUUCCACCCAGGGAUGGAUAUGUGCCAGUAUACAUUCGGUUAGGCGACACUCCGCUAAAUGAAAUAAAUCCCGAUCUCGCAUUGGCAUUCCAUGAAAAUGGCAUUGCAACAAGGAAUGUAAACGAUUUAGAUGAGCAAAUGCAAAAUGAUGCUCCGAAUGAUUUGUCAGAAAGUGAAGAAGAUGCCGACGAAAAGAUUACAAUUUCGAAAGGUCCAAUCAGUGAAGAGGAAGAAGAAGAAAAGUCAGAACAACCCGAACAGCCAGAACCGCCAAAAACGCCAGAAAAUGCAGAAAGUGACGAGAAGAUCGAAGAACCUCAAAAGGACAGUCCAGCUUCAGACAACAAAAGUGAUGAAGUAGCUGAUAGUGAAGAAGAGACCGAUUUGUCACAUUUGACGAAAGACGAUGACAGUGAGGAAAUUGCUGAAUCGUCAUCUGCAGCAAACAAAUCUAGUCCGGAUGAUAGUGAUGAUAGCGUAGAAGCGACAAAAAGCAGAAGAAAUGUGACUGUACCGCCACCACCACCUCCACCAGCACCACAAGAAGACGGUAGCAGCGAGGAAGUGGUUGAUGAUGUUCCAGAGAAAAAAACGACCACAUCGUUGGAAAGCAAGAGCAGCGAAGAAGUGGAAAAUCAAUCGUAAACAAAAAGUUGGUUUUUCUAGUUUCACAGUCCAAUUAAAAUUUAUUUUUUGACGAAACGGUUGUUAAGUCGUAAAAUUCAAAUUAAAUUGUUAAAACAAAAUAAAUAAAAAAAAAAUACAAAAAACAAUCACAAAAACUAAACGGCUUUAGCGAUAGCAGAAAAUGCAAAAAUGAAAUAAAAUCCCAACCAUUUGCUGUUUAAUUACACUUUUGAAUGGUAAAAUAAUGUAUAAAAUGCUGCUGUGUGCUGGAUCUAUAAUAAUGCGAUUGUUGCCUUUUUGUCGACUGAGUUCUAUCUUAUACAAUAGUUUAAGAGCCACCACUCUGCUGCUGCUGCUGCUCUGAAUACAGCGUCCAUAUAUAAAUGAUAUCACCGAAAGGCCAAUGGUAAUUUUAUGACCGAAUGCAAUAUAAAUUACACAUUAAUCUCUAGUAAAUUGCCAUAAUAAAUCGUGUCAAAGUUGUUGAA